AUGAGCCGCGGCCUGCCGGUGUCGCUGGUGCGGCUGGGCCGGGCGUCGUUCGGGGCGUCGCUGGCGGCGCAGGAGGGCUGCGUGCGGCGGCAGCGGGAGGGGGCCGGGCCCGAGGCGGGGCGGCUGCUGCUGUGGGAGCCGUCGGGCCCGGUCUACACGGCGGGGCUGCGCGGCCUGGGCGGCGAGGCCGAGGCGGAGGCGGAGGCUGAGGCGCGGCGUCUGCGGGCGCUGGGCGCGGCCUUCGAGCGCGUCCCCCGCGGCGGCCUGGUCACCUUCCACGGGCCGGGGCAGCUGGUGGCCUACCCGGUGCUGGACCUGCGCCGCUUCGGCCUGCCGCUGCGCCGCUACGUGGCCGCCCUCGAGCGCCUGGCCCAGGCCGCCGCCGCCGCCCUCGGCCUGCCCCGCGCCCGGCCCCGCCCGCCGCCCUGCACGGGCCUCUGGGUCGGGGGACGCAAGCUCUGCGCCAUCGGUGUCCACUGCGGGAGGCACAUAACGUCGCACGGCCUGGCUCUGAACUGCUGCACGGAUUUGACGUGGUUCGACCACAUCGUCCCUUGCGGGCUGGAAGGCAAAGGGGUGACCUCGCUGAGCCAAGAACUCCAGAGACACGUCUCGGUUGAAGAAGCCACUGGGCCGUUCCUGGAUGCUUUCCAGGAGGUGUUUCAUUGCACUUUGACGGUCUCCGAAGAGCCCUGGAGCUAGUCCAUAUUUCGGACAACAAUUUGGAGCAGUUUGUAGGUGUAUGACAGUUCCCAGACUGCUUUUUCCUACGGAAGUAAGCGUUGCAUACAAAGGUUUGCAUUAUACCUUUCAAAUGUCAGAGCACCUGGCGCAAGGCAUUCUCAGCGCUUUGUGAAGAGGAAGUUUCAGGGACAGAGAAUGUUGAGUCCCUUCAAUAAAUCUCUGCUUCCCAGACAUCCGUGCCGGUAGUGUUAACCAUUGAAGGCCUUUGAGAAAGAUGGACUAUGAAUGAAAAUAAGCAAAAUAAACUGCUCAUUUUUUGUGUUUAA